AUGCCCUCGACAUCUAGCUUUGUUAGGUCCGCUGUCUCAAAAUACAAAUUUGGUGCGCACAUGUCAGGUGCCGGUGGGAUUUCCAAUAGUGUGACCAAUGCAUUUAACACUGGUUGUAAUUCAUUUGCCAUGUUUUUAAAAUCCCCAAGGAAGUGGGUUUCCCCACAGUAUACACAGGAGGAAGUAAAUAAAUUUAAAAAGAAUUGUGAAACUUACAACUAUAAUCCGUUAACUGACGUCUUACCGCAUGGCCAGUAUUUUAUUAAUUUGGCUAAUCCGGAUAAGGAAAAGGCAGAAAAGAGUUAUGAAUCCUUUAUGGACGAUUUGAACAGAUGUGAGCAACUAGGUGUCGGCCUAUAUAACUUACAUCCAGGUUCUACUUUGAAAGGCGACCAUCAAUUGCAGUUAAAACAACUAGCCUCAUAUUUGAACAAAGCCAUUAAAGAGACGAAAUUUGUUAAAAUCGUAUUAGAAAAUAUGGCUGGUACCGGAAACCUGGUAGGAAGUUCAUUAGUAGAUUUGAAGGAAGUUAUUGGAAUGAUUGAAGAUAAAUCAAGAAUCGGAGUUUGCAUAGAUACGUGCCAUACAUUUGCGGCAGGAUACGAUAUCAGCACUACUGAGGCGUUUAACAAUUUCUGGAAAGAGUUUGAUGAUGUAAUAGGGUUCAAAUAUCUUAGUGCUGUUCACUUAAAUGAUUCCAAGGCUCCUCUAGGAGCAAAUAGAGAUUUACAUGAACGCUUGGGUCAAGGUUACUUAGGUAUAGAUGUAUUUAGAAUGAUUGCACAUUCCGAAUAUCUGCAGGGUAUCCCUAUUGUCUUGGAGACUCCAUACGAGAAUGAUGAAGGCUACGGUAAUGAAAUUAAACUUUUGGAGUGGUUGGAAUCCAAGAGCGAGAAUGAAUUGUUAAAAGACAAGGAGUAUGUAGAAAAAAAUAAGACGCUGCAGAAGUUAGGUGCUAAAUCACGUAAGGAACAAUUAGACAAGUUUGAGGUCAAGCAAAAGAAGCGAGCUGGCGCCAGCAAGAGAAAGAAAGCAACCGUAGAACCAGGCGAUAAUGAUAUCUUGUCUCAAAUGACGAAGAAGAGAAAGACCAAGAAAGAAUAA